AUGGCUUCCGAGGACAAAAAAAUCCUUAUCGUGAGCUUGGGGAGCUCUUUCGCCGCAGGCCCUGGCAUUUCCCCGCAAAUCGAACCUUUUUCCGCAAAGCGCUCUGGGCAGAACUACCCACAUCUUCUAGCCAAGGAGCUAGAUGCAGAUCUCACCGACCUCUCAGUCUCCGGUGCAACCUUACUCAACAUCACACGCGAGCCACAAACCCCAGCCUUCUCAAACGACACCUUCCCGCCCCAAAUCUCGUCGGUCCCCGAAGAUGCAGAUAUUAUUACCGUUACCGCCGGCGGGAAUGACAUCGGCUACAUAGGCAACAUGAUCCAGGACGCCGAGUCGGCAACAACGUUAGGCUGGGCAGCUAGCACCCUCGUGCAAGGCGUCAGGUCAUUUAAAUCUAUCUUCUCCCAGCCCUCAACGCAGAUUAAUGGCCCCCUAUCGCCAGAGGAAUUACCCGAGAGACUAGGCGACACGCUGGAUAAACUACACGAGAGAGCCCCGAGGGCGCGCAUUUAUCUGGUUGAAUACCUGGCUGUUUUGGGACCCUGCACAAAGCCUCACGUGGAUAUUACUUUCGAUCAAGAGACAAUUGACCAUCAUUCUCAAGUGGCAAAUGCAUUACAGCAGGCUUAUGCGGUGGCCGUAGCGACACGAUCGGACUGGUGUGAAAGGGUACCAAUUCACGAGUGCAGUUUGGAACACGCCCUUGGGAGCCAGGAGCCCUGGGUAAAUGGAUUUAGUCACUCGCUGAUCCGUGAAGGGGCUGUUCUUCAUCCUAAUCUCAAUGGAAUGAAGGCGGUCGCUGGCAUUUUACUUAAAACAAUUCGAAAGGGGACACUAAAACAGGCAGAAUGA